AUGGCUGAAAGUUUCACCGUUCAAGACCACUUCGUGGAGCUGGGAUACACCAUCGAUGAUUCCACCAAGGGCCCGAUAUCCCACCAAUGCCGCGGGUGCGGAAAAAAGUAUCGCCUGAUCGACAUUUUUCGUAAGAAAAAAAACAAGCCUCAGCAAGUCGAGGGCGAGGAAGCACUACAAGGUGUGCAAGGGCAAGAAAACGUCGAAGGUCAAGGAACCCUCUAAGUCCAAGAACCCGCGUUUCCAGGACCAUACAUUUUCUUCGAAAGCGAAGUGUGUGACGAAUUAAUGAGGGUAGCCUAGUUUUAUUAAAAACGAUAAUAAAACAACUACA